CAGAUAUUUGAACUUGAAUGCAGCACGUACCCACAUAGAAAGUUGGUACAGUCGGAAGUCAACUUGAUAGUCAAAGAGGAAAGUAAGGAAGGCAGGCAUCGGUGAGUCGGACUGUCCGUGGCUGAGGUUAUGAUGCCGACGUUGCGGGACAGCACCAUGUCCCAUCCCGGCGAAAAUUCCCACCAAGUCCGGGUGAAGGCUUAUUAUAAAGGGGACAUCAUGAUCACCCAUUUUGAGCCAUCUAUCUCGUAUGAGGGUCUGUACGGGGAAGUGAGGGACAUGUGCUCCAUGGACAACGACCAGCUGUUCACCAUGAAGUGGAUUGACGAGGAAGGUGACCCCUGCACCAUGUCGUCUCAACUGGAGUUGGAAGAAGCGCUGCGUCUCUACGACCUCAACAAAGACUCAGAGCUCAUUAUCCAUGUGUUCCCGUGUAUACCAGAAAAACCCGGAAUGCCUUGUCCAGGAGAAGACAAGUCCAUUUAUCGGCGAGGAGCCCGGCGGUGGAGGAAGCUUUACUAUGCCAGUGGCCAUGCCUUCCAGGCUAAACGCUUUAACAGGCGAGCCCACUGUGCCAUCUGCACAGACCGGAUCUGGGGUCUGGGAAGACAAGGCUACAAAUGCAUCAACUGCAAACUGCUGGUGCACAAGAAGUGCCAUAAACUGGUCACAGUGGAGUGUGGCAGACAGAACCUGGAACCAGUCAUGCCAGGCCCACCAUCGAGUCACUUAGACCACACUGAACAGCCAGGCCCUCAGAAUAAGGACUCUAGAGAAAGCUUGAAUUACGAAGGAGAUGAGAAAGAGGCACGGAGCAGCAGAGACACAGGGAAAUCGAGCCUCGGCCUGGCAGACUUUGAUUUGCUGCGGGUGAUCGGCAGAGGCAGCUAUGCCAAGGUGCUGUUGGUGCAGCUGAAGAAGACAGAGCGCAUUUAUGCCAUGAAGGUGGUGAAGAAGGAGCUGGUCAAUGACGAUGAGGAUAUUGACUGGGUCCAAACAGAAAAGCAUGUUUUUGAGCAGGCCUCUAAUCAUCCAUUCCUAGUUGGCCUCCACUCCUGUUUCCAGACAGAAAGCAGACUGUUCUUUGUUAUUGAAUAUGUGAACGGUGGAGAUCUGAUGUUCCACAUGCAGAGACAAAGAAAACUCCCAGAAGAACACGCCAGAUUUUACUCAGCAGAGAUCAGUCUGGCGCUGAACUAUCUUCACGAGAGGGGAAUCAUAUACAGAGAUCUGAAACUGGACAAUGUGCUACUGGACUCUGAAGGACACAUAAAACUUACAGACUAUGGCAUGUGCAAGGAGGGUCUGAGACCAGGAGAUACGACGAGCACUUUCUGUGGUACCCCCAAUUAUAUUGCCCCUGAGAUACUCAGAGGGGAGGAUUACGGGUUCAGUGUGGACUGGUGGGCACUGGGCGUGCUGAUGUUCGAGAUGAUGGCGGGUCGGUCACCCUUCGACAUCGUGGGGAGCUCCGACAACCCCGACCAGAACACAGAAGAUUACCUCUUCCAAGUAAUAUUGGAAAAACAGAUCCGAAUCCCCCGCUCAUUGUCAGUCAAAGCUGCCAGCGUCCUCAAGGGAUUCCUCAACAAGGAUCCCAAGGAGCGUCUGGGCUGCCACCCUCAGACGGGCUUUGCUGACAUCAUGGGUCAUCCAUUCUUUCGAAACGUCGACUGGGAGCUUCUGGAGCAGAAGCAAGUGAUCCCUCCAUUCAAGCCCAACAUCUCAGGGGAGUUCGGACUGGACAACUUUGACGCCCAGUUCACCAAUGAGCCCAUCCAGCUCACACCUGAUGACGAUGAUGUGGUCAAGAAGAUCGACCAGUCUGAAUUUGAAGGUUUUGAGUACAUCAACCCGCUCCUGAUGUCGGCAGAGGAGUGUGUCUGAGGACAUAACGUCUGUGCUCACACACACAGUCAUGCACGUGUUACAUGGCAUCUCAGUGUCUUCAAACUGCAUGGUUAUGAAACAACCUGGCAACAUCAACCUUCUGUUUGAAGGCCGCACAUGUCCAGUAGAACGCUUAUUUGCCAAAAUCAGUCUCACACUUUGCCAUUUAUAACCACUUGCCCUUAAGCCUACCUUCUUUGUUAAUUAUUUUUAUAUCAUGUAAAUCUGCACUGAUAGCGAUUUUUCUCAUUGGGGCCUCUUUAUCUGUAGCCAACAAAGGCUACAAAGUUCUUCCAAGGUUAAUGUAAACAGGGGCAGGAGAGAUGAGGCGCCCGUGACAGAUGAACUGAGCAUCCUCUCCUUCCAGCUGGUGGGGCGUUUUCAGUGCAUAUCUUAUUUAUGUAUGUAUGAAACUUCUGUUGAGGACAAAUGUUAGACUAGGCCUUUUUAGCUUCAAGUUGGACAAAACUGACAACUCGAUCGUCAUAGUCAUUUUUGAUUUUACUUUGUCCCAACACACUUUAUAUAAAGGAGGCAGAGACUCAUAACACUAGAUUUUAAAAACUGAAAAAGAUACAAAUUUAUAUAUUUUUCUCAUGUUUAUUUAACAACAUAACAGUCAUUAUAUAUGUUGUUCUGAGUGUUAUCCAGCCUGAGUAAUGGAACCAAAAAGGUUCAGGCAUUGUUUUUUUAGAUUAACUUCUGGAAUAUAGGAAUCUGCUUCAAGUCCCUUCUCCCAGAAUGAAGGAACGUAUGAAGCAGCAUCCAACUAACGCUAAUGAGUUAAUACUCUGGAAACUGUGAAUGAAAGAGCUUGCCAUGCCAGGAAACUGGCUGGAAAAGUAGCACAUAAUACCUGAACGCUGGAGCACAGGUUUAAUUUUGCUGUGCGGAUCAACCACGAACUACACAUUCACACAGGACCAAAAAAAAAAAAAAGAUCUUGCUGGUACUUAUUAGAUGGUUCAGUGUGUAUUUAAGAAAGAUGUGCUGUCCUUAGUCAUAGAAUUUAUAUAUUCUCUCUUUUUUUUGUGCUCAUUUUUAAUACUAUGCCAUAUGAAAUGUAUUGAUCUGUUACAGUAUGGUUUUUUUGUACUGUCACCAUUCCAUGUAUGUCUUUUUGUUUAAAUCAAAAUACUAGGCGAUUGUUAACAUGAGAGCCCAGUUAAGUGCAAAGCCACGACACAGAACAGUUGUAGCACAGAAAUGUGGCUCGAAAACUGUAAUCCGUCUGCUGUACUUCGUUUUUACCAUAUCAAACACACUACUCUAGAUGUUUUGUAAAGCUGCUUGCAGAGCCACAUUACCUUCUGACUGUAACAACACUGACAGUGAUGAACCUCCAGUCGAAGCAUCUCACUACAUGGAAAAUGCUUUUGGGCUCGUGGUAACCAGAGGAACACAUUUAUCUGUUACAUGUUAUUUCUGCUUUAUUGUUUUUUGUUUUUUGUUUUUUUGUUAAUUGGAUUUAAUUUUGAUUUUUUUUUUUUUUUUUUAAUCACUACAUUGAUUCCAAAAUGUUACAUGAUGAACCCAAUGGAAACACUAUUUGUUGCAUUUUGGGGACGUUUACCACCCACAGAACUCCGGAGAACUUUAAGUGUGCAAAAAAAAACAAAAAAAAAACCUG